UUCCGAGUCAUUUCUGGCGCAAAAAUGGCAGAGGACAGCGUCCCAGACCUUAGCAGACCCCAGAUGUUUUUAUUUGGGUGUGUGCUGAAGUCUGAUAAAAAGGAACACAAAGUCGAGGUAGACGACGAUGAAGCUGACCAUCAGCUGUCUCUGAAAGCGGUAUGUCUGGGAGCUGAAGCAGAGGACAAUUUCCAUACAGUGGAGAUAGAGGGAGUGACGUACGAUGGCAAGACGACCAAAAUCCCUCUCGCUGUGUUGAAGCCAUCUAUUCUGCCUUCUCUGAGUUUAGGGGGUUUUGAAGUCACUCCUCCAGUUUCAUUCCGUUUGCAAUCCGGCGCCGGCCCAGUGUACAUAAGUGGGCAACAUUUUGUUAGUGUAAAGGAGUCUGAUGAUGAGGAAGAGGAGGAGAAUAACACAUCACCAGUGAAGAGACCGUCCAACAUGGCUCCUGGGAAAGUACCACAGAAAAAGCUCAAAAUGGACUCGGAUGAAGAGGAGGAGGAGCAGGAUAACAGCGAAGAUGACGACGACGAUGAUGAUGACGAUGAUGAGGAAGAAGAUGAAAAAACAGUUGCAAAGAGCCCCAUGAAAUCCCCAAAGAAAGCUCCAGAGAAAAACAAGGGCGCAGAUAAACAGAAUGGCUCGCCAGGGAAAAAGGAUAGCAAACCAGGGAAGCCACACAGCCAGGUUCCAGCAAAAGAGAAAGACAAAGCCGGAGCAGGGCCUUCUGGAAAAUCUCCCAGCAAACCCAGUAUAAGUGAGGUCAAGAACAGACUAGCAACAGCAGCUAAAGAGGGUAAGCCGUUUCCAAAGACGGAACAGAAGUUUGAGAACUACGCCAAAAGCUGUUUUAAGAUAUCAGAUAAACAAGUGAUCAAAGACCUUUGGAACUUUGUACAAACACUGAAAAAGUAAUGGCAGCAUUUGCAGCUUCCCCCCUUUUUUGCGUCCCCUCAUGUACCAGAAGACUAAGGAUAUCCAGUGACUGUCUUCAGCUGUGAAUUCUGGCUUCUUCCACUCAAAUGGAAUCCGUCCACUCCGCUCUGUGUGUUAUAAGGCAGUUUAGAGUAGAAAAACACAGAGUAGUGACAGGGAGAUCAUGACCAUCAUUUAACCUGCUCUACAGCUGAAGAACCGCGCAGAGGUGGUCAAUAUGGUAAGACAGCUAUAAAGAAGUAGGGGUAAUUUUUAGUUGAAAUGUUAUAGUGGAAACGCAUCUGUUUAGGUAGUUCUAGUACAAGCAGCAAAUUAAGACUGACAGGCGCUGGUUUGUUUUAUUUAAGGAACAGUAUUUCUAAGUGCAUGUCCCGCUGUAUCUGAACAGGUUAGCUUUUUGCGCUACAGUACCUGCUUCUGGACAGCUUUUUUUUUUUUUACCCCAUAUUUCUGUUCAUUUUCUGUAAAUAGUGUUAUUCAUUUUAAUGUGCAAACAUGGCAGCUGAAAUAUUGCUGAAGAUUCUGUCUGGUCGUCAGCAUUCCGUCUGGCUCAUAAUGUUCCGUCUGACCGAGGAUUCUGUCUGGCUCACAGUAGGUCUUGCAGCUAUGAGGAUGCCGUCUGGCUGCAGGACCAUAGCUCUCUGUCUUUUACAUGCUGCAAGUGAAUGGAAAUGAUGGCCUCUCUCUUUGCCUAGGCACUGGAGUCAUAUAGUGUGAUCAUUUAAGUGGUUACCCAUGGUCCUAUUGCCAGAAAAUGACAGUGAAAGAUGGUCACUGGCUUAAAUUUUUCCUAGAAUGCUUUGACUUACAGCGUUAUAGCUAAUGUGUGUGUUUUCGUCAGUUAUUUUAAUAUUUCAUUUUAUUAAUGCACUCAUACAUUUUUUUUGGUAACUGUGUUAUAAUUGAAACGUUUAAUACAUAUAUAUUGUAAUUCCUUAAUCUUUUACAGAUCCUAAUUGUAUUUGCUUUAUGUUGUGAUACUUACUCAUGUGAGUGAAACUUCAAAAGGGAUUUUAAACAGGACCGCUCUUUUCCUUUGAGUGUUUUAAGGGGGGGGAUAUCAUAUACUCCAGAAGCGUCUUGAGAAAAAGUAAGUACCCAGGUGUAGCUAUUGAGUCUAGCUAUUGAAUCAGGCCUAGUGUUUCUAAUCAUGGAGCUAUGUAGUGGGGUAGAUCAUUUCUAAUACAUUACCUGAUGAGUUCACAUUGCUCUCACGAAUGUGCACAUGCACACAUACACCUAAACACCUGGACAGAAUCUUUCUGGCUGAGUCCAGGUGCAUGUUGCCUAAGAGAUGGCCUAAGCAAGUUCCACUCAUGACUGACUGCUGUCUCUGAUCUGUCUGAAUGAAUGCCAGUACUUUGAAACUGUUCUCAGAAUCUUCUACAGUCCUCCAUGUUUGAGUUUGUCGAGUGAUAGAUAGUUAAUUUCUUUGGAAAUACUGUAUUUUGCAACAGCUGAAGCUGUUCAACAUAUCCAUGCCUGUUUUUUAUAUAUACAUAUGUAUUUCCCUGGAAUGAAAGGAAUAAAAUGAAACUGAUCCAGA